AUGGGUGCUAAGCUUUCACGUCAUGAGUUAUCUACUAGGCACUAUACUUCCAUGCAUAAAUGGAAAGAAUUGGAAAUUAGACUUCACAAGAAUGAAACUAUUGAUAAGGAGAUUCAUGAACAAAUCAAGAGGGAGAAAGAAUAUUGGAAACAAGUAUUGAUAAGAAUUGUUGCUGUUAUUAGAACCCUUGCUAAAAAUAAUUUGGCGUUCCGUGGAACAAACGACAAGGUUGGUGUAGCGAAUAACGGUAAUUUCUUAAGCUUUAUUGAAAUGAUUGCCGAGUUCGAUUUGGUAAUGCAAGAACAUCUUCGACGUAUUAAAAACCAUGAAGUUUAUCAUCAUUAUCUUGGUCCUUCAAUCCAAAAUGAAUUAAUCGCAUUGUUGGCACGUCAUGUGAAAGAUAAAAUUGUUCAGAAAAUUCAAGAAGCAAAGUAUUUUUCUGUAAUACUUGAUUGUACUCCGGACAUAAGUAAUGAAGAGCAAAUGUCUCUUGUCAUAAGAUGUGUAGAUGUGUCCACGUCUUCGACCAAAGUUGAGGAGUACUUUUUGGGAUUUGUAAAGGUGGACGACUCGACGGGAAGAGGACUUUUUAAUAAACUAGAAGAGCUCUUGCAGAACCUGAACCUUGAUAUUCGUAAUGUUAGAGGGCAAGGGUACGAUAAUGGAGCUAAUAUGACCGGAAAGAAUAAAGGGGUGCAAAAGAGACUACUAAAGAAACAUGUAAAAGGUCUUACGGUUAAACCAUUAUCAGAUACUCGGUGGGAGAGUCAUAUAGAAGCUAUCAAAGCAAUCCGAUUUCAAGCUCCCGAAAUACGAGAUGCCUUAAUAGAGCUGUCGACUUCGGCUGAUUUUGAUGCGAAGACAAGGGGUACUGCUUAUUCCAUAUUGACACGAGAGAUUGAUAAUUUUGAGAUUAUACUUGGUAUGGUUGUUUGGCAUAGAGCACUACUUGCGGUUAACUCAGUGAGCAUUAAACUUCAAACCGAAGAUAUGAAUCUUGAUGAUGCCGUUACUAAACUAAAAGAUCUUGUUUCUUUCUUUAAGGAUUACAGAAGGAAUGGAUUUGAGGGGGCAUUGGAAGAAGCUAAAAUACUUGCAACAUCCAUGAAUAUAGAGCCUAUUUUUUUAUGA